AUGUCGUCCGACGGCGAGGACUACAACGACGACAACCCAUCCAGCAUCACUCAGGGCCUUAAAAAACGUCGAAUACAGCGUGCAUGCGACAUUUGCAGGAGGAGAAAAAGCGAUGGAGUUCCAAUUCCGGGAAAUCGUUGUUCCAACUGUGUCGCGUUUCGGUUCGAUUGCACGUAUGUCGAGUCGUCGAAGAAACGGGCGCCUCCAAAAAGGUUCGCAUGUCGCGUUGUAAACUCUCCUCCAAGGUCUCACAGGUUGCUUAGUUAUGUGGAAAGCUUAGAGCAACGGUUGGAAAAGCUGCAAAGUCUGCUGCAAAAGCUAUGCAAAGACGACAACGUCUUGAAGGAACAUAAUAUUCCGUUGGACCAAGAUAACGGGUCACCCGACACCAAUAUCGAGGUGGAGCUUUGCCAUUCUGUCCCCAUGCCCAGACACCCUCGCGACAUUGCUACGUCUGUAAUCCGAAGGGUUGGUGAAUCUGUUGAUCCUGAUGACGAACCAUUGCUUCCAGAAGACGACUUCCCCCAUCUUAUUUUCGCCGACAACUUCAAGAGGCUCAAGAUGGACAAGGACGAGUACUGGUUUAUGGGGAAGUCAAGUGGUGUUACACUCAUCCAGACAGCAGUGGAACUCAAGAAUCAGUACAACGGGAGCACCUCCCCGAAGCCCCACAUCACUCUUGGCGAAAAGCGCCCCGAAUUCUGGACACCCCACCCUUGGGAACGUCCAGGAAAUAGGGUUGACUCGCCGAGCUACACGUUCCCCGACCCGGAUCUUCUUAUCCAACUCGUUGAUUUGUACUUUGCUCACGUCAAUCUUUAUCUCCCCCUCCUCCACCGACCGACUUUUGAGAAAUCCAUUGCAGAUAACCUGCACUUAACAAACGACGGUUUCGCGGAGACUGUCCUUCUCGUCUGCGCAGUCGGUUCACGGUUUUCAAAUGAUACACGAGCCAUGCUUGAUGGGGUGGAGUCCUAUCAUUCUUGCGGAUGGAAGUGGUUCGAUCAGGUGCAGCUGUCCAGGAAGUUGUUUUUCGGACCGCCGACACUUUAUGACCUGCAAGUAUACUGUCUGGCAGUGCAGUACCUUCAGGGAUCGUCCGCCCCUCAAUCAUGUUGGACUAUGGUUGGAAUCGGUAUCCGAUUGGCGCAGGAGGUCGGAGCGCAUAGGCGUAGUAAAGUUCGAGACCGCCCCAUCACCGCGGAAGAUGAACUGUGGAAACGCGCUUUCUGGGUCUUGGUCUGUCUAGAUAGACCAGUCAGUGCCACUCUCGGUCGUCCUUGCGCGAUACAAGAUGAGGACUUUGAUCUUGAUCUGCCCGUCGAGUGCGAUGACGAAUACUGGGACCAUCCUGAUCCUUCUCAGCGUUUCAAGCAACCCCUGAAUAAGCCGUCUCUGAUUUCCCAGUUCAACUUGUACAUCAAGCUCAACCAGGUUCUGGCCUUCUCCUUACGCACGAUUUAUUCGAUAAACAAGUCCAAGAUCCUCCUUGGAUUCGUUGGCCCUCAAUGGGAGAAACAUAUAGUUGCUGAGUUGGACUCGGCUCUCAACAAAUGGGUGGACUCUGUACCCGAUCAUCUUCGCUGGGAUCCUAACCGUGAAGAUGAUGACUUUUUCAACCAAUCCGCUCUACUAUACGUGGCGUACUACCAUGUUCAGAUCCUCGUUCACCGCCCCUUCAUUCCAUCCCCAAGCAAGCCUUCAUCAACGUCGUUCCCAUCCCUGGCGAUCUGCACGAAUGCAGCAAGAUCUUGUAGUCACAUUGUCGAUUUUCAGAGGAAGCGAAAUCAGAUGCCGCCGCCGCCGCUUCUGAUAGUGGUGUUCACGUCUGCGAUUGUGUUGCUGUUGAACAUCUGGGGAGGGAAGCGCUCGGGUCUGUCAACAGAUCCGAAGAGGGAGAUGGCGGACGUUCAUAAGUGCAUGCAGGUGCUCAAGACGUGCGAGAAGCAGUGGCAUUCGGCGGGCCGGCUAUGGGACAUCCUGUAUGAGCUGGCAUCUGUUGGGGAUCUUCCUCUGCCGCAACCUAGUCCGCCUGCGAACAAACGUGAACGAGACUCUGAGAGCCCCGUCCAAUUCCCCAUUCCACCUAGUGAUACCUCCCCGCCGCCUAACGAUGCUUUGCGGCGUAUUGCGGGUUCACGGCGUGUGAGCAAGGACGUAAUCAUGUCUAUGCCUCCCCCGCCCCUUCCACAACCAGUGCAUCGUCAACAUACUCCUCAACGGCCGCAAGACCACAGGUCACUAUACUCACAAUCCCCGGCGGAGCCCCUUUAUCAGCCGCCGCUGUCGCCUCGACAAUACUUCGCACUUCCCGUGUACAGCAACGAACUCGCGGGAUUGCCGUUGCACGGGAAAGGCUCUUUUCUCCUGGGGGACCAGCCCCCUUCGAACCAAAACAUGUGGUACCCUCCGAUGGCACAUUCAAGUACGAGCAGACGCACACCGGCAAGCGGCACCACUGCUCCGAACUCGUCAUCGUCUAUAUAUGGAUACCGUGGUUCUGACGAGAUAAACACGAUGACGCAGGGGCACAGUGCGGGUGAUGAGGAAGGUGAUAUGAUGGGUAUGACGGAAUCGGCUGCGAUUUUCGAAGAAUUUGCGGCGUUAAGUUAUGCUUCAGGAGGAGCUCAUGCGGGUGAGGGGUUGUUCAAUGGCGCUGCAGGGGGUGCCGUGCCGUUGGAAGGGAUGUACGGGGGGCAGCUGCCGGGUAGCGGCCACUCUCAGCAAGAGUCGCAAAUACGGUUCUCGGACAUAUUUCCUCAACACCAACAACAAGAACAAUUAUCAGUGCAAUACCUGCCCGUCGAUCCGGAUAUGAUGGUGAUGUGGUCUACUGCUCCAACUGGGUUUGAGCUAGACGAGUGGGGCUCCUAUCUAACGAAUGUCAGCGAGCUCACACAAGGUCACCCCCUCUCACAAACAUGA